AACCCGGAAGCGUCAAAUGUCAGUUAUGAAGAUGAACCAAUAUGGACGUCAUGUUAUUGGAUUUAAUUUUUUAGAUCUAACAUUGAAGCUAGCUGGUUAACUUGCGGCGUCAAAACCACUGGCACAUGUAGCAGACGAUCUUAACAAGGAUAUGACUCAAGUCCUAAAGUUACAUGCCUCACUAGAGUAACGUUAGUUAUCUUGUGUUUUCUACAAAACAUGAUGGGGAGUUACACAUUUACGUUAGCUCUUCUUUCUUUAGGACUGUGGCGACUAUCAUGGGUCUGCUUUAGGUGAUGCUUUAGUUUAGUUUGUGUGUCGUAUUAGGUUGAGUCUUUUUAUAUACAGUCUAUGGGUUGAAUGAGUGAGGGGAAAUGGAUGAUGUGAUCACUCUCAGCUCCGACAGUGAUAAAGACGACUCUGAUGUGGAAAUCGUCGGCUCGUACAGUAACCUUAUGACCAAAGCUGAUCCACUGCCCCUCACAGCAGUGCGAGUUGACGUAGACGCCGUGAACGUCAACGUCCCAACGCGUUUUAUUGACCUCACAGAUCCAAGAUGGACUCUUCCAGUGCUGAAGAUGCGUAAAAGACAAAAUUCUACUGCCUUGCCAGUGCUAAACUUGACUGAGAGCGGCGUAACAAAUGGGAGAGAACAGGAGACAGAUAAUAUGCCACCAGAUGACUUUCAAAUAAAAGAAGAAACUACAAACAAACAAGAUUUUAACUUAAAGAAAAGCUCUUCAAGAGACCCAACUGUUUUUGCACUACAGCGGGAUUGUGGUGACCUAAAGCCAAAGCAGAGACGUUUGGAUUCUCCAACACAACACCAAAAGCAGACCGAUAAAGCACAUCAUUGCGCACCAACUGUAAAAUUAAGACGAUUGCCUUUUCUUGAAACACAUGUCACAGAACUGCAAAUAUCAAGUUGUUCUGUCCAUUUAACCAAAGAUCAUACGCAAAUGUCACUGAACCUCAGACAACUAGACAAUAACAGUGAAGCACCAGAAUGUGUUAGUAAUUUGAGGACAACUACCGCAUCAAAUGGUCCUCACAUGGAGCCUUCACUGGACGAGUCUUCUCCUAAGGUGGUUGAAUCUCUUAUCAGACAGGAACAACAAGAGAAUAGUAAUGAAUUUACAAGCACACAGUUAAAUGCUGAAAUAUCGCAGCAUCUACAGAGCCCAGCGGACUCUCCCUGCUCAGAUAAAGGAAGCUCAAAGGAGCACAGAACUCAUGAAGACGAGAGGGAUGACUUUUGCUCAUCCAUGCUCAUCCCCUCUCCAACUUGUCAAGAUAAAGCAAAAGGUUCCUUACAAAGAGACGUCCUCUGCUCCAGCCUGGAACAACUGGAAUUAGACAAAGCAGACUCUAGACAAAGCUGUGACUUUGAUCACUCAUCCCCCCACUCUCCUACCAUCGGACUGAACCUUUCUGGGCCUUUUGACCUCGACUCUCUGUCCCACACAAGUCCCAUAUCUCAUAGCCUCACGAGCCAAGUCGACCCAACCCCCACCUCUGAACAUACACUAGCUGAGAAUAUGUCUCAAUGCCAGUCGGAGGAGGUUAAGGCUGAUGAGGCCUCAAACAGCCCCGACCUGUUGCGCUGUAGCAUCCCUAGUGAACCUGCUUUGUCAGUGUCUAAAACUGAGGACAUGGAUGACGGAUCUUGGACAGGGACAUAUAGAGGGGAUCUGGGAAUUGACAGUCCAGUGUCUUUUCAUUGGCAAGAGGGGAGUGAUGGGGAACAAGUGAACGGAGAGAGCAGAUUUGAUAUGGACUUCAGGGAGGCCAGUAGAGAGGACAGGCAUUUUGUGUGCCCAGUUACACUCAGGAAAAUAAUGUCUGGACCAGCUCAAGCCCUGAUUGAUGAGGAAGAUGAAGGUUUUGCAACUCCUGAGGUGCUAUGCCGUCAGAGCCUGAGCUUGGUUUACAGUACCAUCGAUGAGAACUACCCAGAGGGCACUUUGCAGCUCUUGUCUGACCUGCUACAGCCUGGUUACUAUCCCCCCAGAGAUAUCACCUUCCACCUGCUGCGUGGUAUUCUGCUUGACCCACAGUGUCCUUACCACCUGUGUGUGCAGGCCUUUAAUCUGCUGAUGAGGACACAGAGACACCACAUGGCUGAUAAAAACGCAAUUCCGUGGGACUGGGAGUUGUUGACCUCAGUCAUUGCCAAUCAGGACCAUACAAAGAGACAUCGAUGUGAGGUUGUGCGCAUGCUCCUGGAGUAUGUUGUGCAGACUUUGGAGGAUGAUUUCCAGGCCAAACGUUCCAUCUCUGCCCUCCAUCACUCCAUCGCCAAGGCAACAUUGUCAUGCGAUCAGCAGUUCCCUCGCGUCAGGGAUGUCAUCAAGUGGCUCUUUGCUGCCAUUAUGAAAUCAACAGAGCAUGGAGAGAGUAGAGAAGCAGCCACAGAGAGAGAUGAACAAAUCAGAAUGGUGUCCAUCUUCCAAAGGAUGCUGUCCUUGGCUCUGGAGGUGGACCGUUCUCCAGCUCUAAACUCUGCCAAGCUGUCCCAGGAGCUCUUCCAUAUGCUCAUCGGCAAUAUACCUCUACGAGCACACAGGAUGUUGUUGCUGGAGAGCCUGCAGAGCAAGCUGCUGAGAUGUAAGCUGUUGGAACAUCUGUUAGACUACGCAUGCCCACUGAAAAUCUCUCUGCCCAUGUCGCUCAGUCUUCUGCUUCACUUUCUGAAGAACUGCACUCUGGCACCAGACCCUACGGAUGGUACUGAAAGGUGGCCGAGAUGGGAAGAGUUGGUCCAUCUCCUCUGGAUGUUGCUGCUCAGCUACAACAAAGCAAUGAAAGGCUAUCUGUGCAGCUCAGUCACUGAACAAAGAGGCAGAGUUGGCACCUUGGUCUACAAGCCAGAUGAUAUGUUAUCCAAGCCUGCCGUUCGUGAAGCCGUGGAGGCCUUCCUGUCCAGAUCCCAGGCUGACCUCGGCCAAGCCUUACCUCUCCAUGUGGAAGAGUCCCUUACUUAUCUACAGGAUCACCUGCUAGAUGUCUGUCAGUGUUGAAUUAAAAAAACCUCUUGUUGUGCUAAUUUUCCCAUAAAACAUUGUAUUAAUUUAAUAUUUAUAUUUUUGUAUGAGUGGACUUGUACAAUUUUUGUAUUUUAAAUAAAGGCUGUGCCUUGUUGGGUCUUCUCUUAA